CUUCAAGUGGACCAACUACCUGAAGGGCUACCAGCGCCGCUGGUUCGUGCUCAGCAACGGGCUCCUCAGCUACUACAGGACGCAGGCGGAAAUGGCCCACACGUGUCGCGGGACCAUCAACCUGUCCACGGCUCAUAUCGAUACGGAGGACUCUUGUAACAUCGUGCUUUCCAACGGGGGAAGGACGUACCACUUAAAAGCGAACUCGGAAGUGGAGAGGCAGCGCUGGGUCACAGCCCUGGAGCUGGCCAAAGCGAAAGCCAUCCGCAUGAGGAACAACCAGUCAGAUGACUCGGGCGAUGAGGAGCCCGCCUCGCAGUCAGACAAGAGCGAGCUGCAUGGCACGUUGAAAACCCUCUCGAGUAAGCUGGAGGAUCUGAGCACUUGCAAUGACCUGAUCGCGAAGCACGGGGCGGCCCUGCAGCGCUCGCUCAGCGAGCUGGAGAACCUGAAGCUGCCGGCCGAGAGCGGCGAGAAGAUCAAGGCGGUGAACGAACGAGCCACGCUCUUCCGCAUCACCUCCAAUGCUAUGAUCAACGCUUGCCGUGAUUUCCUGGACUUAGCCGAAACUCACAGCCGAAAAUGGCAGCGGGCGCUGCAGUAUGAGCGGGAGCAGAGGAUCCGGCUGGAGGAGACCAUCGAGCAGUUAGCCAAGCAGCACAACAGCUUGGAGCGAGCCUGCCGCGGAGCCCCCGGCCUGUCCUCCAGCAGCACCGGCAUCACCAGCACCGCCAAGGGGAGUGUGCAGUCUGCAAAAGGAGAGGCCAGUGAUGAAGAUGAAGAGACGGAGUAUUUUGAUGCCAUGGAGGAUGCACCAGCUUUUAUCACUGUAACUGCAGACCCCAAGCACCACAGGCGUUCGGGCAGUAACCUGAGUGGGGCCAGCGAGGGCCACCCCGAGGACUGGAACCUGGAGGACAGUGUCUUUGAAAGCUCAAAUCAAAGCAGCUACAAUGAGUCCACUUGCAAAGAUCUGCUGCCGAAGAAAAGGAGACGGACUCGCAUCCCUGACAAACCCAACUACAGCCUUAACCUCUGGAGUAUCAUGAAAAACUGCAUUGGCAAAGAGCUGUCCAAGAUCCCCAUGCCCGUAAACUUCAACGAGCCGCUCUCCAUGCUGCAGAGGCUGACGGAGGACCUGGAGUACCACGAGCUGCUGGACAAAGCGGUCAAGUGUGAGAGCUCCACAGAGCAGAUGUGCUUCGUCGCUGCAUUUUCGGUGUCUUCCUACUCGACAACUGUCCAUCGCACCGCAAAGCCAUUCAACCCGCUGCUGGGAGAAACCUAUGAGCUCGACCGGCUGGAGGAGUUCGGUUUCCGUUCCCUGUGUGAGCAGGUGAGCCACCACCCCCCGGCAGCCGCCCAUCACGUCUACUCCAAGCGAGGCUGGACGUUGUGGCAGGAGAUCACGAUCGCCAGCAAGUUCAGGGGCAAAUACCUGUCCAUCAUGCCACUGGGCGCCAUCCACCUCGAGUUUCACUCCAGUGGGAAUCACUACGUCUGGAGGAAAGUCACCUCCACCGUUCACAACAUCAUCGUGGGCAAGCUCUGGAUUGACCAGUCUGGUGAAAUAGAGAUUGUUAACCAUAAGUCAAAAGAUAAAUGCCAGCUGAAAUUUACCCCCUACAGCUACUUCUCCAGAGAUGUCCCCCGAAAGGUGACAGGGGUGGUGAGCGACGCCGAUGGUAAAGCCCACUACGUCAUGUCUGGCACGUGGGACGAGAAGAUGGAGUGCUCUAAGAUAGUGCAGAGCAGCCACGGCAGCACCAGCAUGGAGGGCAAGCAGAAAACCGUCUACCAGACGUUGUCUCCAAAGGUCCUGUGGAAGAAGUACCCCCUCCCGGAGAACGCCGAGAACAUGUAUUUCUUCUCCGACCUGGCCCUCACCCUGAACGAGCCUGAGGAGCGAGUGGCCCCCACGGACAGCCGGCUGAGACCCGACCAGCGGCUGAUGGAGAGCGGCCGCUGGGACGAGGCCAACGUGGAGAAGCAGCGGCUGGAGGAGAAGCAGCGAGCCGUGCGCCGGAGGCGAGAGGCCGAAGCCGUGGAAGCCCUGGAGGAAGGCAAGGACUACGAAGGCUACAUCCCGCUGUGGUUUGAGCGCAAGGUGGAUGCCGUGACGGGGGAGCUGAUCUGCGUCUAUAAGGGCGGCUACUGGGAGGCCAAGGACAAGCAGGACUGGAGUACGUGCCCCGACAUCUUCUGAGCCGCUCCGCUCGUGCCGGGGUGGCCGGCCCUGCGCCUCAAUUCACCGGGACAGACGGAGGGACAGUGAGGACACGCUGGCAGCGUCCCGCCAGCAGUUAACAGUGCAAAUGCAUACACAGUCAAUACAUGCAGAAAUUUGAAAAGCAAAUCUAAACAGGGAUUCCAAACCUAUUUUUUUACGCACUAAUAAAUAGCAUCCUUUUUUUUUUUUAAUGAUGGCUUUUUCAGCGACUAAUUAGGAACGAGGACACGUGAAUCUGGUUUGUUUUUAGCCUAGCAUAUUUAUUGCUAUCAGGAGUUGCUGCCUAUAUCUUUCAGCGCCUCGGCUUUAUUGGCUGAGACGUCGACUUCCAAAGAUGCUCGCAUUGUGGGGAUGCCGUGCAUUUGUGUGAGCUCUUUUCUUUGACAUUAUUUUUUUUUUUUUCCCCAUUUGUGUGUGGACUUUAUGGAAUUAUUUUUUUAAAAAAACAUCUGCUCCUGGUUCAGGUUCCUUCAAAGACGGACCCGAAGAACCCUGCGUCCUGCUCAGAAAAUUGUCUCCAGGGGCCAUGGCGCUUGAUCCUGGAGGCUCUUGGUGGUUCCUGCAGUGCCCAGUCAUCCCAGUAACACCAAUUAGGAUAUUUCAGCUGGUGACUUUUUUUUUCUUUUUUUUUUUUAAAAAGAAGUGUUUGAGCAGAUUCCCCGCAGUCUGCUGUGUUUAGUCAAGGCUUAGGACUGUCUUUAACAUGAUGCUUUGUGAGAGUGAUUUGAGUGAGGUUUGGUUUGGUUUUCCUGCAACCACAUCCAAAGGGGGAAACGGCCUCGCCGAGGUCGCGAACGCCUGGCAGACACAGAGCGAGGAGGUUUGUAGACCAGCGAUGCUCCGGGGUCCGCGUACCGGCUCUCUCCGGCUCCGUAUCGCUGCAGCGCAGGGGCUGGUAGGAGCCAGGACCUCGGUGCCCGGUUUGCAGGCAGCGUCUCCCUGCUGAGCUCUGCCUGACGCCGGGCGGGAGGGGAGGGAAGAGAUGCCGUGGUGCCGCUGGGAUGGAGCCUCCUUGGGAUGCAGCCUUGGUCCUGGGUCUCCCGUCCCUGUGUCUUCCCCAUUACGCCAGACAGGUCUGGUCCGCAGUCCCCCGGCACGGGGGGGUCAGAGGCUGAGCCUGGGGGGCACCCGCAGCCCGGUGCCCGGCUCCAUUCCUUCUCCUCCCUCGUGGCUGGUCUCUCCCAGGAGCAGUUUCAGGUCAUCACUAAAGCAGCCUGAGCACGGGGCCGGGGGAACCCCACGUCCCCGCUCACCCCUCCUGCGUGCCAUCGCCUUGCGGCGGCCCUGGACCCGCUGGGAGAAGCGGAGCAAGCCCUGCCCAUGAUCGGCGAGGACCAGGAGCGAGCGGUGCUCGGGCACCAGCCACACAGGCAGGUACCGCCGGUCCCCAGUGCUGAAGGGGAGGAUGGGGGUGGCAGGACCCCGAAGAUGGGAUCCGCUGGGCCAGAGAGUAUCAGGGAGACCUGGACACUCACGUUUGCCCCAUCGGAUCUCAUUUUUGAUGUCUUCUUCUCCGGGUCUUCAUCAUAUCACACUGACUCCUGCCUCCCGGGGGUCAGAGGCCACCCCUAGCCGGACUGUCACAUCCACAUUGGAAGAUAAUUAGCAAUAAUGAACUUUGAGGCAAUGGUAACUGGAAUUCCCAGGCUGCACAUGGGACACUUAUGCAAUCAGGUUCCUCAACCAUCAGUCUCCUCCUGGUUGGCUUCUCUUCCAGCACCUCCAUACCUGUUAUUUACAGCAAACCUACGUGUACAGUAUACAUAGACCUUGUACGGCAUAACAGUAGUGAGUGGCUAUUGGAGUGGCAACACCCACUGAUUUCAAUGUACCCUUUAAUCUUAUUUAUUUGCUUCUAAUUUAUAUAUAUAUAAAAAAAUAUAUAUAAAAUUAUUUUGCUUAAAUUUCUAUGGUACACAAUAGAUGAAAAAUAAUGAAGACAGAAGUGUCUGUCUGAGUUUUUGUAGCACGAGUACGAUUUCCAUAGGCUCAUCCCGGAGGUAGGGUGUAGGGGUCAUGGUGACGGAGUAAUUCCCAAGGUAGA